UUUAUUCUCACCCAUUCCAUACCCAGAAGCUCAAAGCCUCUCCACUUUCCCAGAAACUCUGGGAACCAAUACUCUCCUGACCCCACAAGUCAUCCACUACAACACAUAGUCCCCGCGCAUUGUGCUGUCUUGUACGAGAAGAAAGAAUUCGAAGUCCAAAACCAUAGCGUGCUCGUGUCUUCUUGCUCCAUAUGGAUCACGUGACCUCCUCCCCUCGCAGACACAGUCUCACAGAGAAGAGAGUAGAGAACAGAGGAGAGUUCUGCACCUUGCCUUACACGAGAUCAAUUCCGCACCCACGCCACCAUCGUCUCAGACUCCGCCCUCCUAGCGUCGGAAGGCUAGGGAUUGGUUCCCGCACCGAGCUCGUUCCUCCCCUCACCGAUGGUGUGCUGUACUACCGAUAUGGGUACGGGAGCCCACGUUUUCUGGAGGUCGCCCAGGGCUUCCACCCGCACGGGAUCCCCUGGUCUGAGGCGAGAGGGGGAGCCGGCGUCGCCGUGAAGAAGGUCAAGCGCUAUCUCGCGAAGAUGGACAAGGCGGUGAACUACGACUACUACGACGACGACGAACUCCGCUACACCCGCUUCAAGUCGCCCUUCGACCGCCGCCCCCUCAUUGACCGCCGCACACGACACAGGAAGAAUGAGGGGAAGCGCACGCUCCGCCUCGUCGGGAGCAGCACCGCGGACUACAUGCGGGCCAUGCGGCACUGUGAGGAGGACGAUGACUGGGAGGACGAGGUGUAGGAAGGCCGUAAGAACGCCAAAGAUUGAGGAAGGGAGGAGUACUGUACAGUUCGUGGGUGGUCAUCAUGUCUUGGGACGCUGGUUACAUAUCUGCAUAGUACCUUUCACGUUUAGCAGAUCUCUGUAAUGUGAGGAGAGGGUUGGCACUCUCCAUGCUCGUUUCAUUUUCCACGACAUAUAUGUCCUCACAAUGUCAGAUUUUUACGAUUCCAGUGGAAUUAGACCUUCCUAAUUGUUGUA